AUGGAAGGCUUGCCCAAAGGGUUAGAUGGUAUCUACGAUUGGAUGUUGGAGGCCCUAGAAAACGACCCCACUGCCCUACAUAUAGCUGCAUAUGAGGGCCACAUCCAAGUUGUCAGUCUACUUCUCGAUAGGGGAGCAGACGUUAAAACCAAAAGAGGUGGUGCAACUGCCAUAUACCUAGCUGCGGGUCAGGGCCACGCCCAAGUUGUCAGUCUACUUCUCGAUAGUGGAGCAGACAUCGAAGCCAGGCUCAAUCUGAAUGAUUUCGCUCCCCUACAUAUAGCUGCAUAUAAGGGCCACGCCCAAGUUGUCAGUCUAUUUCUCGAUAGGGGGGCACAUAUCAAAAGUAAUCCACAGAAAUUAUCAAAACUCCUAAACCUCGCAGUAUCAUAUGAUAGCCAUGACGUUGUCAGCUCCAUCCUUGAUAAUCUAGCAAGAUCAAACAAAGCCACCUUGGAGUCCGCGUUCAGUGUCUCUUCAGGUAUUCUACAGCUGGCCAUCCUGAGAGCGAAUCGCAAAAUCUUUAGGUUACUUCUAGAUCAUGAGAUAGAUGUCAAUAUAGUCACUCAGCGGGGUUGUACUGCACUCCAUGUAGCUGCUUCCUGUGGACAUUUAGACAUCGUUGAAAUUUUGUUAGGGCAUAGAGCGGAUCCCCACAUGAGAGACGUACAGGGAUGGUCACCAAUCGAUUGUGCCCGGAAAAGCCGAAAAUCCCAAGUAAUUGAGCGAUUAUCUCAAUUACAAACCUCCUCUCCCGACGAUCAUCAAAUCGUUAUUCAGGCACCCACACAUUGGAGCCCAGAAGACAAAUCUAUACACGUUGAUCUUUCGGAUGGUAAUCUUCAUGUAAGAGUUUCAGACAUAGCAAGAUUGAAUGGGAUUACGGCAGUAAGAAGUAAUUUUUGUAUGCCAGCAGAGAAGGAUAACUGCUAUUAUGAGGUCAAAAUAAUCGAAGGGGCAGCCGGUAAAAUCUGCAUCAGGGUUUCGAGCGAUUAUCUCAUCCUCGAAAGCAUGCCGGGCUGGCAUUCUGGAUCAUAUGGCUACCACGGGCACGAGGGUUUUCUUUUCGCGCGCAAAGUCACUCCUACGGCCAACAGUGAGCAAUAUGCGACCUUUUCGAGUGGUGAUGUAGUCGGAUGCGGUGUGAAUUUCGACCGGUCAAGGAUCUUCUUUACCAAAAAUGGUAAACUUUUAUUAGAUUAUUCUGCGGAAGAUAUCGCAGGUCAACUAUAUCCCAUGAUUGGAUUUAAAGGCCCAGGUGGAGAAGUGUAUACCAACUUUAGGCAGAAUCCUUUCGUUUUUCAAGAUUUUGACAGUAUAUGA